CGCUCGAGGAGCACUGUUGUAAGAUAGUAAUUCUUUUUCCUCAAAGCAUAGUAAAUGGUUGGAGUUGGACCCAUGUUCCCCCUUGAACGGUGCCAUGUCCACACUUUUGCUCUCCGCUUCUGCUUCCACUUACAGCAUUCCAUCAUCUCCACUAUCUCAACAUCGAAUCACUAUCCUCGUACACUACACGAAACGUAAGCCACUCCGAAACCAUUUCAUUGUCGUUUCGCUCUCCGCCACUUCCUCAAAUAAAGAUGUCUGGCGAAAGACAACAACAGCAACGCCAUCAUCGCUUAAAACGCAGCCGUUUUCCUCUCCCCACCACCGACCGUACCGCCGGAGACAGCAAUCAUCGCACCUGGACCACAGCGUUGACAUGGAUGAUUUAUUGUUAUCCAUUGGACAGACAACUAACGAGCACGAGCUGUUUGCUUUAAUGUCGCCUUACCAAAAUCGAAAUCUUUCAAUGCGUUUCAUGGUGACGCUCCUCUCACGUGAGUCUGACUGGCAGCGGUCGUUAGCAUUGCUUGAUUGGAUCAAUGAAGUAGCUCUUUACACUCCGUCUGUGUUCGCGUACAAUGUUGCAUUGCGUAAUGUACUACGGGCGAAGCAGUGGCGGCUUGCCUACGGGCUGUUUGAUGAAAUGCGUCAGAGAGCUUUGUCACCUGAUAGGUACACUUAUUCUACUCUCAUUACCCAUUUUGGCAAAGAGGGUUUGUUUGAUGAUGCUUUAUCUUGGCUUCAGAAGAUGGAACAGGAUCAUGUUUCGGGUGAUCUUGUUCUGUACAGUAAUUUGAUUGAAUUGUCAAGAAAGCUGUGUGAUUAUUCCAAGGCAAUUUCGAUUUUUUCAAGACUGAAAACAUCAGGGAUUACUCCUGAUCUUGUUGCUUACAAUACCAUGAUUAAUGUGUUUGGAAAAGCAAAGCUAUUUCGCGAAGCUCGAUUGUUGGUCAAAGAGAUGAGGUCAGCAGGUGUUAUGCCGGACACAGUGAGUUACUCAACUCUCUUGACUAUGUAUGUUGAGAACCAAAAGUUUUUGGAGGCUCUAUCCGUAUUUUCAGAGAUGAAUGAGGUGAAAUGCCCUCUUGAUCUCACAACUUGUAAUAUAAUGAUUGAUGUCUAUGGACAACUUGAUAUGGCCAAAGAGGCAGAUAGGUUGUUUUGGAGCAUGAGAAAAAUGGGAAUUGAACCAAACGUGGUCAGCUACAAUACUCUUCUGAGGGUUUAUGGUGAGGCUGAGCUUUUCGGGGAAGCUAUACAUUUGUUUCGAUUGAUGCAGAGGAAAAGUAUUGAACAAAAUGUUGUCACUUACAACACGAUGAUUAAGAUUUAUGGUAAGACACUGGAACAUGAGAAAGCUAACAAUCUUAUUCAAGAAAUGCAGAACAGAGGAAUUGAGCCCAAUGCCAUUACGUACUCGACCAUUAUAUCUAUAUGGGGUAAAGUUGGAAAACUAGAUCGAGCAGCUAUGUUAUUCCAGAAGCUGCGGAGUUCUGGAGUUGAAAUUGAUCAGGUUCUGUACCAGACAAUGAUUGUAGCAUAUGAGAGAGCUGGUUUGGUUGCACAUGCUAAACGUUUGUUGCAUGAGUUGAAGCGGCCUGACAAUAUUCCUAGAGAAACUGCAAUAACGAUUCUUGCUAGAUCUGGACGAAUAGAGGAAGCUACAUGGGUGUUCAGACAAGCUUUUGAUGCUGGAGAGUUGAAGGAUAUUGCAGUUUUUGAGUGUAUGAUCGAUUUGUAUUCCAGAAAUAGGAAGUACACUAAUCUCAUUGAGGUAUUUGAGAAGAUGAGAGGAGCAGGAUAUUUUCCAAAUUCUAAUGUGAUUGCUCUAGUCCUUAAUGCUUAUGGGAAGUUGCGAGAGUUUGAAAAGGCAGACAUGGUAUAUAAAGAGAUGCAGGAAGAGGGAUGUGUUUUCUCGGAUGAAGUUCACUUUCAAAUGCUAAGUCUUUAUGGUGCUCGAAAGAAUUUUGAGAUGAUUGAGACACUGUAUGAGAAACUGGACUCUAAUCCUAAUGUUAACAAGAAAGAGUUGCAUCUAGUUGUUGCUGGCAUUUAUGAAAAAGCAAACAGAGUGAAUGAUGCAUCUCGAAUUGUUAAUCGCAUGACUUACAGAGGAACUAUGGGAUCUUAACUCGACAUGAUGCAAUUGUAACAGCUGUAGAUAUUUUUAUAUAUUGAUUUUUGCUAUA